GGCGCCCUGCAGGAGCGAGCGUUCCGCCCCACGGGCCGCGCCGCACGGGGGUCUCCCGCGGAGCGACAGGGCUGGGGCUGUUGCAGGGUAAGAAUAGGAAUACAAUUGAAAAUGGAAAGUAUAGAAGUACAGAACACACAAUGUGAGAUGAAGACAGAUCUGAAUUUAUUGCUUGAAUGUCUUAAAUACCAAAUGGACAGCCCUGCUUCUCAAAAAGAGGCCUUGGUCACUAUUUAUUCAAUCUGCCAACAGAACAGUGAAGCAAGUGAUUAUUUCCGAGAGAUUGGUGGUUUAAUGUUUGUAAAUGACCUUGCGAAGUCAAGUGUGCACUGCAUAGUAAAGGAAGCAGCCUUAUUUACAUUAGCAGUUGUAAUGGAGAGUAAUGUUUACUGUCAACAAACUUUGUGUACAUCUGAAUUGUUUGAAGACCUCAUUUUCUUCUUAACUAAUAAGAAUUCUAGUGUGAAUUUGAAACGAAUGUCUGUUUAUGUUAUAUUAGUACUUGUUUCAAAUAACAAGAGUGGGCAAAUUCACAUCAGAGAAACAGGCUGCAUUGGUGUUCUGCUACAAUUAUUCAGAACAACUCUUUCAAUAUCUGAGAUGAAUCUGUCAGAUGAAAAUAUUAAUCAGUAUUAUCAGCUGUGGUCUUCAGUCUGCAGUACUCUGUGUGCAUGUGUUAAUAAUCCUCAAAAUGAAGACAAUCAAAACACUUGCUGUUCAGUUUUUCCACAUGCAAAAGACUGGCUCCAAAGUUGUAUAAAGCCUGAGAUAGUUCGUCCUAUUUGUUCAUUUGUUGGACUUACAGUUGCUAAUAAUUCACGCAUACAGGAAUACUUUGUUUCUGUUGGUGGAUUAGACAUAUUAGCUGAAGUACUUAUCAAGCUGGUCCGGGAUUCAUCUAGAAGUUACUCAAGCGCAAAACUUGCAGUAGUGGUAACAAAAACUCUAGAUGCUUGCAUUGCUGAUAACUCUGCCGUUGGUGAUGUCCUGGUAAAGUAUCACAUCGUGUCUAAGCUCCUGAGGUUGCUGACUUAUGAUACUCUGGAUUCAGGAGAAAAAAUUAGUAUUAUUCUUACACUUGGGCAUUGCACAGAAGGUUGUGAAGAAAAUCAGUAUGAUCUACUUCAGAACAAUGGCCUUCCACUUAUGAUUCAGUUAUUAACAGAGUCUCAGGAUGAAGAAGUAAACAAAGCUGCUACUUUUGUGCUGCAAAAUUGCAAGCAAAUCACUGAGAAAUUGUCUCUGAAAAUAAAUGAAUAUUCAUUAAAUCUGAAUGAUGCAGAACAGUUGAAAAUGGAUCUACAGAUUAAAGAGAGGAAUCUAGAGGACUAUUGGAAGAAAGUAAAAGAAAUUUUACACAGAAUAGAACUUCUUGAAAAAGAGCAUGAUGAGGAAACAGUAAGAAGACAAAUAUUUGUUGAUAUACCUCGGGAAGCAGUUAUGCAAACGACACCAAAAUACCGUAAAAUGAAUGCCAGUGAUCCAAAAGCAAACACUGAAAGAACACAUACAAAAAUGCAGUGUUCACUGCUAAAUUGUAAGUCUGAUGAUUUGGUUCGUACUACAUCUGCAAAUAAUCAGUCAUCCAAAAAUGGAAUAUUAAAGACGGUGACUCCAGUAGAUGUUUCCACCAGAGAGAGUGAGCAAAAUGUUACUCUGCAUUCAGCUGAUAAACUACAAACAGGUAGUGUACAAAAAGGUCAUACUACAAAUGAACGAACUGCUUGUGAGAAGAAACAGUGUGUUCCUCAAGCAAGUGAACACUUGUUUAAACAACCAUCACUGACUGUUCAAAAUCUGAAACAGGCACAAGUAGCAGAAACAGUUACAUUUUGUUCAGGCUCAACAAACAAGGAAAGAAGUAUUCCAACUACUUCUGCAUCUCCUCAAAUGACAGAUUUAAGGUGCUCAGGCUGUAUAACUGUAGGACUGCCUUUCACUAGCAGAACUUUUAGCAAGAUCUUGCAUACUUGUCCACAUCAGUGUGAUCGUCACAAAGUCAUUCUGGAAGCUGAAGAGAGAUAUAAAAGGGGACUAAAAAAAUCAGUUAUCUGUAAUAACAGUAGUUCUGAGGCUUUUAAGAAAAUACUGUUGACCCCAGCUAAGAAAGGAAGACUGAAUACAGAGUCGUCAACCUUCAAGAGCAGAAAAAAUCUGCAGGAAAAUUUCCGAAGUAUUUGUUUGACUCCUAUGAAGAAAACCCAAAGUAGUAUUUCAAAUAUAGAUGACAACCUCAAGAAAAAUAUUAAUUUCCGAGAAAAAUAUAACUUAAUGCCUACAUACACAAAAACUCUCCAAACAGACCAAGACACACACUUGAAGAAACAAACAGUCAAAGAAACACACAACACAGAAUAUCAAGGCUUGAAUGAGAAAAAUAAAUAUUCAUUUGAUGAAGAUGAGAGGACUGAAAGUCUUUCAUUGGACACACAUGCAAGAGCUUUAAAAAAGAAUAAACGAAGAAUCCGGAAAGAUUUUACAACAGAAGAGGUAAACUAUCUUUUGAGUGGCGUAAGGAAAAUGGGCCAUCACUGGAAUUCAAUUUUGUGGUCCUACCCAUUUCAGAAAGGACGGACAAAUGUUGAUCUUGCUAAAAAAUACCGCAAGUUACAGAUACCUGUAAGGGAAAUUUAAUUUUCGAAUAGUCUCUUUAUGUUAAAGUUAAAAACUGAUUUGAAUUGUAACCUCUAAUUGCAUUUUCAGUUUUGCUGUGAAACCACAAAAGUGUGAGAUUUUGUGCUGUGCCUUUGAGGCACAUCACAGAAGUUGCAGCCCAGGGGCAAAAGGGCUAAAGCGCCUGUAAACCACCUUUUGUGCCCUCCCUGUUCUGGCUGCUGCCUCUUGUAACUAAGGCAGCCCUAGUAGGCUGCCUAAGCUGGAGCAGCCUGUUGCUCGCUGUGACUGUCUUCUCCAAGCCCUGUGCAGGGAGAGAACUACAUCUAGGACUUUUAGAACUCCUUAGUGUCAUUCCAGCCCUAUUACUCAGAAUACAAAGGCCAGAAUGAGUGAGAAGCUCACCCAAGAUCCCUAGGAUAGUCCAACAUACUGACUAGGGACUGGAAGCUAGGAAUUCCUGAGUUCUAAUUUCUCUCUGACAAUGAUUUGUUUCGCCUGGGGCAAGUUUCUUUGUGUAUAUCAGUUUUCUCUAUCUGUAAAAUGAAGAUGAUUUUUAUUUACCCCUUAUGCAGGGGUAUGAAGGAUUAUAAUUGAUUAGCUAAUAUUUGUAGCAUGUUUCGAACAACUAGCAGGUAUUCUUUCUCUUAACCCUGUUGUAGAAUAUGUACUAGAUCUUGUAUCACAAUUUAGUGUAUGAAAAUACCAGUUUGUUUUGAUAUUUACUAUUUUUUUAAAAAUUUUACAGAGGAAUGAAAAUAAAGAAGAUCUGUAACAUCUUUCUAAAAUAUUUUAUAUUCUGCUAAAGAAUUUGAAGUUUAAAGGACAGAAUUAUAGUGUAAAAGAGUUAGGUACUGUUAAUAUGCACUCUACAUAUUUCAUUUCAGAUUUUUUAUUGUGAUUUAUACAGGGCUAGGCUCUUAUGUAGACUUAAGUGAAAUGUAUUUUGAUAGGUAUUUUCAGAAUGCUAAUGUACAUUCAUUAAAUAAAA